UGAGGAAGCAGCUGAGAUCACGGUUAUAUAGCAGCGCUCCGUGCCAACCUGUGCCAAGUCUACCAGUACGACAGUGACUGCCAGUAAGAAUGUCUGCCAGUAAGACGGGCACAGCCUGUCAUUUCUGUCACCAAGGAAAGCGGAGCAAGAACACCGGAAAGCUCCUGAAAUUACCGGAUAACUCGGUUAUUGCUCAUUCCAAUUGCAUGUUAUAUUCCCCAAAUGUGGUUACAUCAGACUCUUGUGAAGGUGUCUUGGGUGGAUUUGAUGUGGAGUCAGUGAAAAAGGAAAUACAACGUGGAAGAAAAAUGAAAUGCUGGAAAUGUAAAGAAAAAGGUGCAACUAUUGGGUGUCAUGAAGAUUCCUGCAAAAAGACAUACCACUAUUCGUGUGGCUUGAGCCGUGGCAUAUAUUUCGAGGAUUCUACAAAUGAGAAAUAUGAAUUAUAUUGUAAGGCUCAUAAAGAUGCUGCAAAAACGAAAUACGAAUUUAAAGAAACGAUGAGAAUACAAAAUGAUCUGGACGAUGAUGAUGAUGACGACGAUGAUGAUUAUUAUAGUGAGGACUCUGACAGCUCUGAUGAUAAAAUAACUUUAUCUGCUAAAAAGAGGAAAAAGAAGUAUAAGCAUUCACAGUACCCAAGAAGAAAAAAGACAAAGAAAAAUAACACUACAAGCGGUGAAGAAAGCACACUGUUCAAUAAUAGAUAUUCUUCUGAAAACUCACCGUACCAGCCUUCUACAUCUUUUAGUGAACAGCCAGCAACAAGUAGAAGUUAUGGGUAUUCACAAAACCAUGAUCAUGGCUCAAAUAAUGAUUCAUUACAUUCUGAUGCAUCCAGUAUUACCAUAAUAAUGGAUGAAGGUAAAAAUAUGUUGGAAGAAAAACUGCAUUCAUCUAAAAGUUCAUCAUGCGGGGUAGUUGACAGUUCGCCAUAUUCACGGAACGAACCCAGUGAUUCAGACAUGAGUAAUGAUUUACCAUCUUUUGAUGGAUCCAAUAUCACCCCAAAAAUUUGCAUUUUAGAAACGGAAGAGGAAAAUGUGUCUGCCGUCAAUUCACAUCCAUCUGAACAAUCACCACGUUGUGUGGCUGAAAGUUCAUUACCUUCACUCCAAAGAGAUAGCGACUCAGAGCAAACCGAUAAUUCUGAUUCUCUACUGAGCCCAAAUCUUAUAUUAGCACGCACUACUUCGCUUAGUAAAAAGUGGAGGAAACAAAAUGCCAAGAAUAAUGGGCUUUCAGAUUCUGUGACUGUAGAAGAAAGGGAUGCCUAUGAUAAAAUCUAUGCGGCAUUUGGAGGAUCACUGCCAAUUAAUGAUGCCAACGAAAUUGGAAAUGAAGAAAACAUGGAAGAAACACCCAGAGGUAAUAAUUAUCCAACUACUAUUAAAGACAAAGCAUCAGGGGCAAAUACUUCAGAAACGCCUGUGUCACAUUCUGUAGAACCGCUUGAGAGUUCUGCUAUUAAACCAGACAUGGCAGGAUUAAAGCCUUCAGGAUCUCAUGAUGUUCAGAUGUCUUCAAACACGCAGUCCAUAAGGUUUUCUAAUUUAAAUGUGACACCUAGAGUCACAAGCACUCCUAAAGCAAAACAGACAUUCUUGACUCAUUCUCUAAAGGAAACACAGCAGAAAGGCUAUCCUAGUGCAAGAGGCAAUUUAAUGCACAGGUUCAAUGAAGGUUCAAACACAGAAGGCACAUUGGUGGAACAGUCGCCGAGCACUUCUUUCGUAGGAAACAUGCUAAUAGCACAUCCUCAUGAUUCUGAAGAGAAGGAGACUUCUGUUGCACAGAAUGCAAACUCUAAGACUAAAAGAGACAAACUGAAACUUAAACCAGUGAUUCCCGUUAGAAAAGACUCGUCAGUGACAGCAGCUGAGGUCCUCAGAAGUGCGCAACAAGUGAUAAAUAAUAGCAAUGUAUUUUCACCAGAAAUUCAACGCAAGUUCAGCAACAUGGCAUCAAAAAUUAAUAAAGCAGGAAAAUCCAAAGAAUUGCCAGACAGUAGGCAUGGUCAAGUUAACUCUACAAAAAGCACUCAAACAAUUUAUAGCUGUCUGGAACAUCAGAAGAAUGGCGAAGGUAUAGGAAAAAUCACUAUUGAUUGCAAAGAGAGUGGCUCACAGACCUCUUCAGUGAAUCCAGAGACUGAUGUAUCAUCUAUCAACUUCAAUUCCUCCCAAAAUGCUGACCUGUUUAUUCAAUAUAAGGAGAUCAAGGAACAGAUGUCCAACGUAGGAGUCGAUAGCUUGCAAGACGGCCUUUGUAAAGAAUUCUGGGAUGUGUGCCAGCAGAAGAAUUGUCUGGAACUAUUCCUAGAGCAUAUGAAAUGUUCCAUAGAAUCAAUUACACAGAAGAUUCGAGAAGGAGAGGCGGUAGAACAAGAAUACAAACAGGCCUUCUUAGUCUUGAUGGGGAGCAGAUGUCUCGAGGGACUAGUGUUGAAGGAAACAGAAGAGAUCCAACAAAGAAUUCUAUGUAUUGAAGAGGAGAAAAAAGAAUUGUCUGCAAAAAUUCAACUGCUGACUGGUUUAUUCUCUUGACCUAGAAAAAUAAACUAUCUUAAUAGAUAAAUAAUAAAGAGCGCAAAAUCUUAAUGCAAUGCUCAAAUGCGGUUAUGAUUUUAUUUGAAAUUCCAAUGCAGUCAAAAGAUUAGACACAUCAAAGACACUUUUAGAUUGUAAGCUCAUGGGCUAUCUAGCACAUUACUCUGUAUAAAAUAUCUUCAAUGGCUAGAUGCUCGUUGGCAGGGCCUCUUUAACUUGUACUGUCUUUCUCUCUCUUCCCCCCCCCCCCCAUUUGUACAGUGCUGCAGACUAUGUUGGUGCUUUAUAAAUGCUAGCAAUAGGAAGACCAACAACUGAGCUACUGCCGCAAAGUUUCCGUAGCAGCACACGCAACCCUGGUUGAAGCAAAGACCCCUUAAGGUGAUAGAGCAGUUUUAAGAAAUCAAAUCAAAAUAGCGAAAAUGGAAACAAUGGGUUUAUACAAAAUUUCGAAUUCUGUUAUUUCAGGCUAAGUUUUGAGAUUUGAUCUCAUUUUAACUCCAUAACACCAAUACAACAUUCUAUGCCAUGGCAUUUAA